CGGCGCGGGGCUAUGAGCGCGGCGGGAGCGGCGGCGCGCGCGGCCUCGCCAUGGCCCGCCUCGCCGACUACUUCGUCCUCGUGGGCUACGAGAUGGACAAGCGCGGGAGUGGAGAUGGACAGGGACAGAUACUGCAGCGUUUCCCUGAGAAGGACUGGGAGGACAACCCUUUCCCUCAAGGCAUUGAACUAUUCUGCCAGCCCAGUGGUUGGCAGCUCUUCACAGAAAGGAAUCCCCCCACCUUCUUUGUCGCUGUGCUGACUGACAUCAACUCAGAACGGCAUUACUGUGCCUGCUUCACUUUCUGGGAGGCCGUCGAGAGCACACAGCCUCAGAGUCACUCGAGGAAUGGUGAAGGGGAGGAGGAAGAAGAAGAGUCAUCAUCUCCUAUUCAACCCGCACAGCUCUUUGCUCCCAAAAGCUUGGUGCUGGUGUCACGCCUGGACCAUGCUGAGGUGUUCCGGAACAGCCUUGGUUUGAUUUACACCAUUUAUGUGGAUGGACUGAGUGUGUCCCUGGAGAAUGUCAUUGGGAAUCUCCUGACGUGCACCAUCCCCAUCACAGGGGGAGCUCAGAGGACAAUCUCUCUAGGAGCAGGGGACAGGCAGGUGAUCCAGACACCCAUCAAUGACUCGCUUCCUGUCAGCAGCUGCAGCGUGGCCCUGCUCUUCCGGCAGCUUGGGAUCACCAAUGUGCUGUAUCUCUUCUGUGCAGCACUUACUGAACACAAGAUCCUGUUUCUCUCCAGCAGUUACCAGAGGCUCACUGAUGCCUGCCGAGCUCUACUUGCACUUAUGUUCCCCCUCAAGUACAGUUUCACGUACGUGCCCAUCUUGCCUGCACAGCUCCUUGAGGUACUGAGCACGCCAACACCCUUCAUUAUCGGAGUCCACUCCAUCUUCCAGUCAGAGACCCAGGAACUGCUGGAUGUUGUUAUCGCAGACCUGGAUGGUGGGACAGUGAAUGUCCCUGAGUGUGUACAUAUCUCCCUACUCCCUGAACCUCUGCUCCAACAGACUCGGGAAGCCCUCUCCAUGGUGUUGGACCCAGAGUUGGAGGUGGCAGAUCUCGCAUUCCCCCCUUCGACAGUUUCUGCCUCCUCUCUCAAAAUGCAGGAUAAGGAGAUCCGAGCUGUCUUCCUCCGCUUGUUUGCACAGCUUCUUCAGGGAUAUCGUUGGUGUCUGCACAUCAUCCGCAUCCAUCCUGAGCCAGUCAUCCGAUUCCAUAAGGCAGCCUUCCUUGGGCAGAGGGGGCUAACAGAGGAUGACUUCCUCACCAAGGUGCUGGAAGGCAUGGCAUUCGCUGGCUUUGUGACUGAGAGGGGUGCGCCAUAUCGCUCUAUUGACCUAUUUGAUGAGCUUGUUGCUUAUGAAGUAAAGCGAAUGCAUGCAGAAGAGGGGAACAAGCAGAAAAUACUGCGGCACAUCAAGGAAUUGGCAGAGAAACUUUAUAAAAAUGAGAAUCCAUACCCUGCUGUGGCAAUGCACAAGGUGCAGAAACCCACGGAAGGCUGUCAUCUGCGUCUCCACCAGAAGCCCUUUCCACGUUUAGAUGAGGGGACAGUCCAAUGGAUCAUAGACCAGGCUACUGCCAAGCUGCAGACGGCUCCUCCUGCUGUGAAGGCAGAGAAGAAGUGCAUGGUGCCAUCGGGACCUCCCAUUGCUGCCAUCCUGGAGCGUAAUGGCAAUGCCUUGGCCAACAGUGCCCGUCGCCUGGAGGUCGUCAGGAACUGCAUCUCCUAUGUCUUUGAGAACAAGAUGUUAGAAGCCAAAAAGUUAUUCCCUGCUGUGCUGCGCGCUAUGAAGGGCCGAGCAGCCAGGCACUGCCUGACCCAGGAGCUGAACCUACAUGUGCAGCAGAAUCGGGCAGUGCUAGACCACCAGCAGUUUGAUUUCGUAAUCCGCAUGAUGAACUGCUGUUUACAGGACUGCACUGCCAUGGAUGAACAUGGGAUUGCAGCAGCUCUCUUGCCACUGGUCACUGCUUUCUGCCGAAAAUUGAGCCCAGGCAUCACACAGUUUGCCUACAGCUGUGUGCAGGAGCAUGUGGUGUGGACCAACAUCCAAUUCUGGGAGGCCAUGUUCUACUGUGAUGUGCAAAACCACAUCCGAGCCCUGUACCUGGACAACAAUGAGGAGAACCACACAGAUGAGGAGAGCAAGGCGGAACCGCAGGAAUUGAAGUCAGCCCUGGAGAUAGCAUCAGAACAGCUGAGGCUCUGGCCCACCAUGAGCCGAGAGAAACAACAGGAGCUGAUCCAAAAGGAGGAGAGCACUGUUUUCAGCCAGGCCAUCCACUAUGCCAACCGCAUGAGCUACUUGCUGUUGCCUCUUGACACCAGCAAGAAUCGCCUGCUACGCAGCUCGGGGCUGGGGGAUGUGGAGAGCGUCAGUAACAGCUUUGUCACCAACAGCAUUGCUGGCAGCGUGGCUGAGAGCUAUGACACAGAAAGUGGGUUUGAGGAUGCUGAGAGCUCAGAUGUGGCCAACUACGUGGUGCGAUUCAUCAACCGCUUUGUGGACAAAGUCUGCACAGAGAGUGGAGUCACCAAUGAGCACCUCAAGGGGCUGCACGUCAUGAUCCCUGACAUUGUGCAGAUGCACAUAGAGACACUGGAUGCUGUGCACCGGGAGAGCAAGAGGCUUCCUCCUAUCCAGAAGCCAAAGCUGCUGCGCCCCAACCUGCUGGUGGGUGAGGAGUGUGUAAUGGAGGGGCUUCGUGUGUACCUUAUGCCUGAUGGCCGGGAGGAAGCUGCUGGAGGGAAUAUUGGUGGUCCACCUCUUCUCCCUGCAGAAGGAGCCAUCUUCCUCACCACUUACCGCAUCAUCUUCAAAGGCACUCCCACAGACCCUCUGGUGGGGGAGCAGGUGGUGAUCCGAUCCUUUCCCAUUGCCUCGUUAACCAAAGAGAAGAAGAUCAAUAUCCAGGCCCAGGUGGAUCAGUUCAUCCAGGAAGGUUUGCAGCUGCGCUCGUGCACAUUCCAGUUGCUGAAGAUUGCCUUUGAUGAGGAGGUGGCUUCAGAGAGUGCUGAGGUCUUCAGGAAGCACCUGCACAAACUGCGCUACCCCCAGCAUGUACGUGGUACCUUUGCCUUCACCGUGGGCCAGUCACCCAAGCAAGCCAUGCAGCCCAAGGCCAAGGAGAAGAAUCCCUCACUCAGCUCCCAGCAGGUGACCGAUAUGUUCCAGGGCCUGACAGUGGGGGUCAUAUCCCUUGGGCACCUUGGCCAUUCAACCACGACACUCUCCAAAAACCUGGUAAAAAACGCCAAGAAAACAAUUGGACGCCAGCAUAUCACACGAAAGAAAUACACGCCACCCGCUUGGGAGCAUCGGAGCAGCCAGCAGUUCUCAGAGGACAACGAGGAUGAGAUCUCAGUGUCUGAAGAAAUGGACAGAAGCACUUUGACCCCCACCACCACCAUCAGACCUUCAGACAAGAUGACUAUCAAUCACCUGGUGGAGCGAGCCUGCUGCCGUGACUACCAGAGGAUGGGGCUAGGCACCCUCAGCAGCAGCCUCACCCGUUCCAAAAAUGAGCCAUUUCGCAUCUCCACAGUGAACCGCAUGUAUGCUAUUUGUCGAAGUUAUCCCGGGCUGCUCAUUGUGCCCCAGAGCAUCCAGGACAACACAAUCCAGCGGAUCUCCCGUUGCUAUCGCCAGAACCGCUUCCCUGUGGUGUGCUGGCGAAACUCCCGCACCAAGGCGGUGCUGCUGCGCUCAGGCGGGCUGCACGGCAAGGGUGUUGUGGGCCUCUUCAAGUCUCAGAAUGCCCCCACUGCAGGCCCCUCACAGACGGACUCCACCAGCUUGGAGCAGGAAAAGUACCUGCAGGCCGUGAUCAACUCCAUGCCUCACUAUGCAGAUGCCAGCGGGCGCAACACGCUUAGUGGCUUCACCUCUGCACACAUGAGCAGCUCAGAUUUCUCCGACAAGAGGCAGCCUAAGCUGGGAUCGCUCAUGAAGCAGGUGAUGGGAGGGAAGGACGAUGGGCCCGGUACUAUUAGCCGUGGAGGGCUAGGUCACAGAGCUAGGGUCAUCACUCUCUCCACCCCCAAGUGCGUGUCGGCGAAGGGCCGUGAGACACCCCGAGGCAAGUGGGGCAGCAUCCGAGCCAGCGGGCGUAUGAGCAGCUAUGGCCUGAACGUGGAGAUCGGAUCGCGCCUGGCUGGAAAAGAUCUUCUCAGUGCCCACCACAAUGGUGCCCCCUCUGAGGCCAGUUUCUUGCGCCAGCACCGUGCCUCUCUCUAUAUCAUCGGGGACAAGUCACAGCUGAAGGGAGUGAAACCAGACCCACUGCAGCACUGGGAGGUGGUGCCCAUCGAAGUGUUCGACGUGCGGCAGGUGAAGGCCAGCUUCAAGAAGCUGAUGAAGGCCUGUGUGCCUGGCUGUCCCUCCACUGACCCCAGUGUCGCUUAUUUGAGAUCAUUGGAGGAGUCCGAGUGGCUGUCCCAGAUUCAUAAAAUCCUGCAGAUUUCAGUCCUGGUGGUGGAGCUGCUGGACACAGGCUCCUCUGUGCUAGUCAGCCUGGAGGAUGGCUGGGAUAUCACAACACAGGUGGUCUCUUUGGUGCAGCUGCUGUCAGAUCCCUACUACCGGACGAUGGAGGGUUUCCGCCUCCUUGUGGAGAAGGAGUGGCUGUCCUUUGGACACCGCUUCAGUCACCGUGGGGCCCAGACCUUGGCUGGCCAGAGCAGUGGUUUUGCACCUAUCUUCCUGCAGUUCCUGGACUGUGUUCAUCAGAUCCAUCUGCAGUUCCCCAUGGAGUUUGAGUUCAGCCAGUACUAUCUGAAGUUCCUCAGCUACCACUACAUCUCAAAUCGUUUCCGAACAUUCCUGCUGGAUUCUGACUAUGAGCGCAUUGAGCUGGGCCUCCUUUAUGAGGAGAAAGGUGAGCGGAAGAGCCAGCAGGUCUACAAGUCUAUUUGGGAUUACAUUGACCGACUGAACAAGAAAGCUCCUAUCUUUUUCAACUACAUGUACGCCCCUGAGGAUGGGGAGGUGCUAAGGCCAUACAGUAACAUUUCCAACCUGAAGGUGUGGGACUACUAUACAGAGGAGACGCUUUCUGAGGGCCCCUCCUAUGACUGGGAGCUGGUGCAAGGGCAGCCAGACCACAUGGAAGAGGCGGAUCGGCAGGACACCAGUGCCCCACAAACAAAGCGCAAGAUCAUCUGGCCGUGCUAUGACAACCGCAGCCGGCUCGAGCCUGAUGCCAUCUCAAAACUGCUGGAGGAGCUGCACAACCUGGAGAUGGAGCUGGGACAGGUUCCAGAGCGCUGGAAGGACACGUGGGACAAGGUCAAAGCUUCCCAGCGCACAGAGGCCCGGCAGGAGGGCAGCCGGACCCCGAGCUCCCUGCUGAUGUCAUCUGGCCUUUCCCACCACCGGCGCUCGCUGGGCGUUUACCUGCAGGAGAGCGGCGUGGGCUCCACGCUCAACCUCAGUCUCGACAGUGACACCAGCAGCACCUCUACCCCAUCCAGUGGGAAGCAAGGGGGCCGCAAGAGCACCAGCACGCUCUACAGCCAGUUCCAGAUGUCGGAGAGCGAGAACAGGUCCUAUGAGGGGUCGCUGUACAAGAAAGGAGCCUUCAUGAAGCCGUGGAAACCUCGCUGGUUUGUGCUGGAUAAAACCAAACAUCAGCUGCGGUACUACGACAGCCGAAUGGACACGGAGUGCAAGGGGGUCAUUGACCUGGCCGAGGUGGAGUCCAUCACACCAGGAACCCCCACGAUGGGGGCCCCCAAGACAGUGGAUGAGAAAGCCUUCUUCGAUCUGAAGACGACAAAACGAGUUUACAACUUCUGCGCCCAGGAUGUGCAGCUAGCCCAGCAGUGGAUUGACCGCAUCCAGAGCUGCUUGUCGGACGCGUGAGACUGGCUCAGAGGAGCCUCUCUUCCAGGCACAGAGUCUCCCGGGCCCCAGCACAUGAAGCAGAGGCAGUGUCCAGGCUUGGCAUCUGAGCUGGGGCUGCGAUUUGACUGAAGAGGAGGAGAUGGGCUUCCUUCCCAUCUGCCAUGGGUGUGCUGUACUGGAAAGCCCAUGGCCACCUGCACUCUCACAGGCAGUAGUGAGGGGGUGGAGGUAGGGGACAGGAUCAGUCUGUUUCACUGUGGUAGGAACUGUCUAGUGGAGGAUUUAUUUGCAUUGAAGCAGGCUGGGGUACAGGCGGGAGCCUGUCCUGCUCGGUUCAUCAGCCCCAAUAGGCCUGUCUGAGCCCUGUAAUUACUGUGUGUCCUCUGUGCACCUUCUGCCCCAGGCAGCCUCGCUCCAGCUCUCUGCUGCAGCAGUUUUGUUGGGUGGCUGGGAGAGGGUGCACCUCACCUCCGCCAUCGCCCCUGUGCUGCUGGAGAAAGCAGGAGCUGCCUGAUUCCCUUGUCCUCCCCACAGAGCUUGCAUGUCUGUCAGCAUUCGCGGGGGGAGCCAAGCCUGCUCUCUCCUGACCUAGUGCCACUGCCCCACAGCAGCAUGCCCGGGCUUAGCUCCUCUCUUGCUAGAGCCGAGGAUCUGCAGCCCGGGGUGCAGGAGUUUGCUGAGGUACUGGGACCAUCCUGCCCCGGCCAGCAUCCUCCUGGCAGCAGUGGGCAGAUCUUCCCGGCCCUUGAGCCUCAGCUGCCCAGCCUUGCGUGGGGACAGAGGAGUGAAGUUGCUGUCUGCCCGGAGCUGGAGUGUGGGAAUGUUCGAUGUUGUAGCUGGAGAUGCUGGGCUCUUCCUGGAUGUCUCUGCCGGGAGGCAUCUGGACGUGGUCCCUCUGCUCCCAGGAGCCCAGGGCUGCUCGGCUGCAGCAGCCGGGCUCUGGCCUCUGCCUCCGCAGUCAGGCUCGCUGUUAGAGGGGGCCGUACCGCCCGCGGGAGGUGCCACAUGCCGCAGCCGCGCUGUCCCGACGUGGGCUGGGGAGCUCCCCUCUGCCCCGCUCGCGCAGCGGAGGAGCAGCCUGGCCCUGCAGGACCGGGGACCCUGCUCCGCUGCGCCGGGGGCCUCUUCGAGCAGAGCCCCUGCAGGCAGUGACGCUGGGUGGUGACGCCGGGGCAGGACGCGGCCAUGCACAGAGCCGUGCGGUGUCUUUGCGCAGGUCUCUGAGUUCUCCUGCAGGAAGGAGGCGGCGGCGCAGCAGAGGGCCCAGUGCGGCGCUGCCGCUUCUCCCCCCGCCCCGCCUCAGGGCUUCCCCGCUCCCCGAGCCGCCCCAUCCCUCCUGCUUGUGCUCAGGCCGGGCUCCUGCCCGCGCACCGUUGGGCUGAGCCUGUUUGCACGGGGGGGUUUUUGGCAAGAGGCCUCAGCAACGCCAUGGAGCUAGUGGAGGGCUGCACUUCGCACCUCCCCGCUGCUGCCACCUGCUUAUUGCUGUAACGGUGUCAGUGCAAAGGGGGAAUCUUGGUACAGAAAUGAAUCCUGCAGCACCUCAUCCCCGGCACUGGUUUGACCGUGGGUGGGUUUGACCCAAGGCGUGCUGCGGAUCGCGUGCUGAGAGGUCUUACCUUAACCGCGGCCAGGCGCCGUGAGGUCCCUCAGGACAGGCUGCCGCCCGCCCCGGACGGUAAGUGGCCUCCAGAGCCCUGGGCAGCCUGGCGGCGCGGGGGGGCGUCCAGCUCCCUGCCCCUGCACCCGGGCUGCGCUGGGGCCUGGCCCCCCCCCCCCACCCUCCCCGCAAGCCUGGCCAGCCAUUCUCCCCAUCUUGUUUUUAAAAAGUACAAUGUUUUAUUUCGGUGCAGAGAUCUUUGUACAGUCUUAAUCCCCAGAUUCCUCUCUUUCUUUGGUUUACUGUAUAAUAAUGGCUGUGGCAGGUAGCUGGUGUAACAUGGAGGUUUUUUUGUAACUUACCUGAGCAGUUGUAGAUUAUUGAAGUUUCUGUACAUUGUGUCAAACAUACAGAGUCCUUGUAUUGUAUUGUGCCUAGAGGAAAAAGGUUAUUCUAUAAAGAGGAAAAACUAACUGAAUUUAAUAAAAAAAUUAAUAUCA